UUACCAUCUUCUCCAUCUGACACUGACAAUGCCCUUAUACUGUACUCUCCGCAGGAGGAGUCGUUCAAGCUUUUAACACACUACUUCUCAUCGGCAUGUCAAGUACUGUCAUCUUUUGACUCACCUAACAACCCUUAUCGGUCGGAUCUGCUGGGAUUGAUACGAAACUCCCCCAUUGUGUUCAAUAGCGCCUUGAGUGCAUCGGCGGCCCAUCUAAGCCAGCAAGAACAAGACACGUCUUCGACGCCGUUGAUCUUCCAGACGGAAGCUAUUUCACACAUAUCGAGAGAACUCGCCGAAAUACAUUCUACGCAAGACAGAUUGGCUCCUCAGAACCAGGGCUGCACGGGGCUUCUCCGCACCUCAACGACGCCAACGAUAAAAGAUGACUUGAUAUUGGGCAUCACUCUUGUUGGCAUGACCUCUAGCUGGCACGAUCCUUCUUCCCUCGGCCUGUGCCAUUUUCAUGGGGCUCGACAAGUAUUCCAUAUUUGGAUGGCUCAAUUUGACCUUGCCAACCUGCAGUCUCCCUCUUAUCGCAUUCAGCGCCUGAUAGCCUCAUCGAUGAUCUAUUGGGAAGUCAUGGCCUCCUGCUUGAUUGAUCAAGAGAUUGGCGCACUUUCAUACCUGGACGUAUUCUCCGCUCUACCACUUACUACCUUUUGCUAUCCGUGUCCAUGGACCGGAGUCGGCACGAAUAUAUUGAUCCAUCUCGCCAAAUGCAUCACCUUAGUACGGCAAAGACGACGUCUGAUUUUAUGCAACUCCCCAAUGGGGCGUAAUAUGGAUGUAUCAAGCCAUCAUCUCGAUUUACUCACCCAAGCUUUCUCUCUAAGUCUGGACAUAGACCAAUGCCAAAUACCAUCUCCCAUAAAGAUACAGGAUACUGGAGACUACAGGACUCCAGCAGAUCAUCUCUCUAAGAUAGCUCAGUGCUAUCAACUGGUUGCUCGUCUUGAGCUUGACCGGGCCUUCCCUGAACUCACACCAGACUUACAGAAUGAUCAGAACCAAGAUGGGUUACUGGCAUACCAUAUCUUGGAGCUUGCAGUGGAGGUAUUAGAAAUCAUGAACACUAUUCCGGAGGGUUCCCGAACCAUUGCCAUUCAGACCAUUAUACUUUUGGCAGCAGGAAGUGCACUUGGAUUCAGUUCAAGUGAAGACACCAAUUUCAAAAUGUCAGUUACAGGCUGGAGAAGAUUUGUACUUGAGAGACUAUACAAAUCGUUCAUGACUCUUAAACUUCAGACGAUUAACAGGGUAGCUAUUGUGCUUCAGGAGGUCUGGGCAAAGAUGGACUCAGCGGCCAUGGCGGUGCCUGAUUCUGCGUCCUACUAUAAAAGUCCAAUCUUGCGUGUUCACUGGAUUGAUGUUAUGACAGAAGCUGGACUGGAAACCAUUCUAGGAUAG